CAUCGUUACAUCGUCUCCAAUCCUCUUGGACGAACGACGACUUCCAGCAGAACAGUCCCCAUGGCGGCCUUGAUCCGCUACUCGAAAUCCUCUGCGGUUUCGUCUCUUUCAUCCUUCUCUCUCGUCAGGAGAUGCUUUUCUUCAGCCGUUGCGUCUGAGCUCAGCUCUCCUACUACUACCCCUUUGCCUUCCGGUCUUAACCGCCAUCUUCCCCGCAAGGAUCCUAAAGAUCGGAACGUUCAAUGGGUAUUUCUUGGAUGCCCUGGUGUCGGCAAGGGGACCUAUGCUAGUCGUCUUUGUAACCUUCUCGGUAUCCCUCACAUCGCCACCGGCGAUCUCGUCCGCGAAGAGCUCACCUCUUCCAGUCCACUUUCUCGCCAGCUGUCAGAUAUUGUUAACCAGGGUAAAUUAGUAUCGGACGAGAUCAUAAUCAACUUGUUGUCCAAGAGACUUGAAGCUGGUGAGGCGAAAGGUGAAUCUGGGUUUAUCCUCGAUGGUUUCCCUCGGACAAUUAAUCAAGCAGAAAUUUUGGAAGAGGUGAUUGAUAUCGACUUGGUGGUUAAUCUAAAGCUUCGAGAGGACGUGCUACUUGAGAAAUGCCUUGGGAGAAGAAUCUGUGGUCAGUGUGGAAAAAACUUCAAUCUUGCCUCCAUUAAUGUGAGGGGCGAAAACGGCCAUCCUGGAAUGAGCAUGGCUCCACUGCUUCCUCCUACACAUUGUAUGUCUAAACUAAUUACUCGAGCAGAUGAUACAGAAGCAGUUGUAAAAGAGCGUCUUCGAGUUUAUAAUGAAAAGAGUCAACCUGUUGAGGAGUUCUACCGCAGUAGAGGGAAAUUGUUGGAAUUCGACUUACCUGGUGGCAUCCCAGAGUCUUGGCCAAAGCUACUCCAAGUUCUUAAUCUGGAUGAUUUUGAGGAGAAACUAUCUGCAGCAGCCUAAAUUUCUGGCCCACAAAUGGUUGGUUAGUUGAUUAUUUUCAGCAUAUACAACAGGCAUAAACAAUUUUGCAGAACAAUAAAAAGAAAACUAAAAGUUAAACGAACAUGAGGUUUAAAUUUAUUCUUCUAAAUUGUUAUGUUCUUUCUUCCCCCAAUUCGGAAGGAUGGAGAGGAAAUACUUCAUAUUUUAUUGUUUGGUCGAGUAGAUUCGCUGCAAACAGGGAUUUGUAUCAGUGUUGGGUAUAAUAUCUCUACAGAGGAAUAAUGAUAUUUAAUUCUUGUAACCUACUGUUAAUUAUUGAAAAAUUGUUCCUGUUGAAGAUUUUUAUGUUCUGGCCUUUGGUUGGAAAGAAACAACCGGACUUUCAA